AUGCCUAUAAAGUUAAGAAGAGGAUCGACAAGUUCGAUCAAGAACAGGAGUAGGAGUGGAAGUUCAAAUAGAAAUUCUGCCACUGGCGUCAACUAUAAUUCAAACUCCCCCAAAUAUAAAGCUAUGCAGAAGCAUUAUCUAGAGGAGUUUGGCGAUAUAUCAGAUAAAGGACAAAUCUACGGCAAUGAUGGUGAUACUUACAGCCAUUCAAGCAAAAAUACUGGGAGGAAUGAAAAUAAAAGUAAUAGGAAAAUUCCAGCAGAUAAUUUCGGUAAACAUUUGAGAGAUUCCAAAAGAUUUAUUUUCACCUUAGGUGCAUUUUUAGGUGUCUUGAUAGCAUUUUAUUUUGGUGCUACUCAUGUGCAUAGCACUAACAAAGAUUUAUUCACUAACAUGGUAAACUUUGAAUUUUUGAACGAUUAUAUAGAUGAUUGGAAGGAUGUUAUACCACAGGGUUUCCAAUCAUUUAUUGCGGAUUUUCCAGUCAAUUUAGACUCAGAAGGGUCUUUCCAGUCAAAUUUGUCAGGUGAUUUCGCUGUAGGCAAGCAAUUAAAGAAAGAAUUACAGUUGAAGGCAUUCCAUCCCGUUGUUAUGGUUCCUGGUGUAACAUCAACUGGUUUGGAGAAUUGGGGAAUUGAAGGAGAUGAAGAAUGUGAUAGCUCCCCUCACUUUAGGAAAAGGUUAUGGGGUUCGUUCUAUAUGCUCCGUGUAAUGGUUCUAGAUAAAGUAUGUUGGUUAAAACACGUAAUGUUGGAUCCUGAAACAGGGCUAGAUCCAGCUAAUUUUAGAUUAAGAGCAGCACAGGGCUUCGAAGCUAGUGAUUUUUUUGUUGCCGGGUAUUGGAUUUGGAACAAAAUUAUUCAGAACUUAGGUGUCAUAGGGUAUGACCCAGAUAAGAUGACAACAGCAGCAUAUGAUUGGAGAUUAUCAUACCAGGAUUUAGAAAGACGUGAUAAAUAUUUUUCUAAGCUAAAACAACAAAUCGAACUUACUUUCGAAUUAAAUGCAUCAAAAUCUGUGCUUAUCGGCCAUUCCAUGGGGGCACAGGUAGUAUUUUAUUUCUUAAAGUGGGUUGAAGCUGAAGGUCCUAAUUAUGGUAAUGGAGGACCAGGUUGGGUUAAUAAAUAUAUUGACUCAUUUAUCAAUGUCUCUGGUACAUUGUUAGGUGCCCCUAAAGCUGUGCCAGCACUAAUAAGUGGAGAAAUGAAAGAUACUAUUCAAUUAAAUGCUAUCGCAAUGUAUGGUUUAGAGAAGUUUUUCAGCAGAAGAGAGAGAUUGAAUUUACUAAGAACCUGGGGAAGUAUACCGUCCAUGUUUCCAAAGGGCGGAGAUCUGAUCUGGGGUAAUCAUACAUUUUCUUACGAAGAUCUCGCAUCUAAGAAUUCGACUUCUAUCCUUACAUCAUCUUUCGGCCCAUUUAUUAAAUUAGAGAAGAGUAAAAAUCCUUCAAGUAAAAAAAAUAAAACAAAAAAGCAUAUGAAAACCACUAAUGAUAAAACUGAAAUUGUGGACUUAUCAAUGGAAGAUUCUAUUAAUUUAGUGAAAAAUAUAUCUCCUUCUUGGUUACAGAAAAGAAUUGAUGAGCAAAACGAUUAUGGUUAUGCUAAUUCAUGCGAAGAAUUGCUACAACAUGAAAAAGACCACAAAUAUUGGACAAAUCCACUUCAGGUACCAUUGCCAAAUGCGACAGAUAUGAAAAUCUAUUGCAUUUAUGGUAUUAAUAACCCAACUGAAAGAGCUUAUAUAUAUAAAGAAGGCGGAGAUGGUGAUUCACUAAACAUGACGAUUGAUUAUGAGAGCGCCAAUCCUGUCUUAUUUACUGAUGGAGACGGUACUGUUCCUUUAAUGGCGCAUUCAUUAUGUCAUAAAUGGGCCCAAGGCAAGUCACCUUACAAUCCAGCGAAUAUGUCAGUAACUAUUAUAGAAAUUCAACAUCAACCUGAUAGAUUCGAUAUCAGAGGUGGUCCAAAAUCCGCAGAACAUGUUGAUAUUUUGGGUUCUUCAGAAUUGAACGAAUACGUGUUAAAGAUAGCCAGUGGUUUAGGUUCUACAGUGGCUAAUAAACUUUUAAGUCCCCUUAAAGAAUGGGUUGAGAUGAUCGACUUUCCAAUGUAG